AUGAGAUCAAAGCAAUUAAAUAUAUUACUUACUAUCAUUAUUUCUACGUUAUUUUUAUUGUUCCAAAUCGUAUCCCCUUUUUUUAAGAGCUCAACAAAUGAAAUCCCAUUUAAUUUUACAUCAUCAAUUUCUCGAGUUUAUAAUUUAGAUGCUUCUAUAGCUUCACCUUUCAAUCUUGAACGAUUAAAUAAAUUUUGGUUCUAUAAAGGUGAUUUGAGCAUUGUUAAUGAUGGUUCUAUUUUACAACUAACAAAUCAAGCUCGUCCUGAUAAAUCUUCUAUCUUAUUAUCCAAUGGGUUAGGUGAUAAUAUAAUUAAUGAUUUCGAAAUUAUUUCUACUUUUUCUUUACUUGGAACUGAUGGUACACCAGAAACACCAGGUUCUAAACCAAUGGGUGAUGGGAUGGUUUUCUUUAUUACUCCUGAUAAUAGCUUUAUGACUUUAAAAAGAGAUGAAGAUAUAGAUGAAUAUACCAAACGAACUGGAAUAUUGGCCAGAGAUACUACUUUAAUGGGGAUUCCCAAAAACUUGCCAGGCUUGGCGAUUGUUUUAGAUACACAUAAAAAUUCAUUGGUAAAUAAUAAUGACGAUAUACCAUUCAUUGAUUUAUUAGUAAAUGUUAACCCAAAUAAACAAGAAUAUGAUUCUGAAUCUGAUGGUUCCAAAACAACUGCAGUAAGAUUAAAUAGUGAACAUAUCAAAUUGAACAAAAGUAUUCUUUUUGGUCAAGAGUUUAAAUUAAGAAUCAUAUAUAUGGAAAGUAUAUCUUUCUUAAAGAUUGAUAUUCAAUAUGGUAACAAAAAUAACUAUUGGAUUGAAUUAUAUCAAACUCAUGAAAGUAUAUUUAUACCAAAAAAUAUGAAAACUUAUCAAAGAUUCAUUGGUAUCGCAGCAUCAACUAGCGAUGUUACAGAAACAGUUAAUUUAGUAUCAAUUCAAACAAACGAAUUUCAUUAUUUUAAUGAGGAAGAUGAAAGGGAUCCUCAUUCGAGAUUCAAGAAAGAUAUGCAAUUGUUUUUGUUAAAGGAAUUUGGCGAUCAAAUUCAUUUGGAAAUGAAUGACUUUAAAAGACAAAAAAUGAUUGAAUCUCAACCAAACUAUGAUAUUCAGCUCCAUUUGCAAAAUAUCUCGAAAUCUAGGAAAUCGAAUUCAUUUUCAUUCUCUAAAUUUCUUUUAAUUAUAACACCAAUUUUUAUUAUUCUUUAUUUCGGUUCGGUUUAUAUUAGAGUAUCGAUGAAACAUGUUAGUCGUGUGAAACAUUUCUCGGCUAAAAAUGGUAUGCUACCUAUGUAA